AUGGCUCCUCGCGGGCCUGCAAAAACUCGCGACUAUGACUAUUCUAACGUCGGUAAAGCUGGGAGACGAACGGGAGUUACCUUAAAAGAAGGCAAGCGCGACGAGCAUGGAAUGGAGGAGAUUGAUGGGAUUUUCUCAUCUCCCGAAAAGUCACCCGAAGCAUAUGGCAACAACACUACGAUUGGGUCCGAUGGAAUGUCCAUGGAUGAAGGCAACGGGCUUGGGCCCGCUGACUUCUUGAGUGGAACGAACGGAGGGCGCGCAUCCUUCCUCCCGCCGCCGGUUGCGCGAUCUCCCAUGAAAUCCGGCUUGAGUGGAUCACCGCGGCGGACUCCCGGCUUGCGAUCUUCUGCAAGCCCGCAACGUGACAUUCUCUCUUCCAGUCCAUCAGAUGGUAAGGGGCUUGGGAGUGCUAAGGGGGAAACACGGCGUGAUGUAUCCCCUCUUACCAACCGUUCCAUCAAUGCGCCCUCUCUAAACCAUGUCAAUGGCCUGCGGAAUAAUAAAGGAAUCAACAAGACGGCAGACACCACGGUCACAGUUGACUUCUCAGACAGUGACGCUAAUAGUCAAAUGAACGGAGACGAAAAUGCGAAUGCAUUUGAGCAGAUGCGAAACAAUUACGACGACAGUAUCGACGCUGGCGACGACACUUUGGCGGAAGAUCAACAGGAUGAGUCUGAGCGCGUUGAUCGUGUCGACAUGGAUAUUUCGUCGUACAUAGCUGCCGGUUCGCGCAAAACAGAGCGAUCAAGAGUCGUCCCCAAGCCUAAAAAACCUGCACAAUCUAAGAAAACUCGGGCCCAAGAAGUCACACAGCAAAAUGAGACGAGCGAGCAAGGAAAUGUACAGAAACGAAAGCGCCCUGGGAGACCCCCAAAAUCGCAAAGGAUGAACAAUGAUGAAGAUGAUGCCGUGGAACGACCUUCCAAGAAAUCAAAGACUGCCAGUCAGACUGGACGGGGGUUGAAGAGCUCCGGAAAUCCAGAGUUAGACAAAGUUGUGGAAAAUUAUGUCAAUCGUACGGGGCCUUUAAAGGGUCGGAGCCUAUACAUACUGAAGCGGGAAAUACCCACUGAUGGCAGCGCAACCCACACUCGUUCGGGGCGAGUUUCUGUUAGGCCGCUUGCCUACUGGAAAAAUGAGAGGUGCGUUUAUGGAGACGGCGAGGCCGCCGAAGGCCAUCGCUAUCCACUUUCGACUAUCAAAGAGAUCAUCCGAACAGAGGAACUGGAACCGGAGAAGAAAAAAGUCAGUAAACGGCGGUCAUCCAAGAAAUCCAAGUCGCGGAAGAGUCGAGACGAUGAUUCGGACAAUGAAGACGACGAUUACGUCGAUCCGUGGGAGAAAGAAGGCGGCGUCUUGCAUGGUUAUGUUAGGAAAUGGGAUCCAGAUACCCAAGCCGGUUCCAUCGAAGAGGAGGUCCUCGAUAUCGCCUAUGCUCCGUCCGGUAUCGAGACGAGAGAUGUCAAAGACUCUACCUUCCGCUUUGCUAAGCUGCUGAGCUCCCCGUUCAUCGGCUCUGGAAUCGUCGAACUGCCCCCAGGAGGUGUCAAGAAACCCAAGAACUCAAAGAAGAUGCACAUGGUCUUCUACGUGUGUCACGGACGGGUCCAGGUAGAUAUAUCUGGCGUGCAAUUUAGCGCUGGAAAGGGCUGUGUAUUUCAAGUGCCAAGAGGCAAUUAUUACAGCUUUGCGAACACGCAUGGGAAGGAUGCUCGGCUCUUCUUUACGCAAGGCUGUGUUCCGGUGGAGAAUGACCAGUCCAGCCCCGGAUCAGCUUCCAAGCCAGCUGUCUCAACUGAAGACGAGUCAACAACUCAAAGGGGUCGCCCAAACGGUACCGGUAAAGGCAGGCCGAAAGGCAAGCAAAAGGCAGGAAGUGGGUCUAAAGCUUCAUGA